AUGCCUUGGGAUCUCAUCAAGCUUAACGACGGAGCGAGCAUUCCCAGCAUCGCCUAUGGGACCUGGACGCUGGGUAACGGCGACCAGGCCACUGGUCACGUAGACGAGGCCAUCAAUGUCGGAUUCUCGCACGUCGACACCGCGCAGUCGUACAGGAAUGAGGUGGAGGCGGGAAAGGCCAUCAAAGACAGCGGUCUGAGCCGGAAGGACAUCUUCAUCACCACCAAGUACUCGGGCGUGGACGGGCUGGACAUUGAGACGUCUAUCCAGAAUAGCCUUGACAAGCUUGGGGUGAAAUAUGUCGAUCUGUAUCUCAUCCACCAUCCUCGCCUGGCUCAGCCGGACAUCCCGACUGCUUGGGCAAAGAUGGAGAAGCUGAAGGACGACGGGCUUGUGAAGAGCAUCGGCGUGAGCAACUUCGGCGUGACGGAGCUCCAGACGCUCAUCAACUCUGCGAAAGUCCUCCCGGCUGCCAACCAGAUCCUGCUUCAUCCAUACGUCUAUGAACGGCAGAAGGAGAUCAUCGAGUUUGGCAAUAAGCACGCCGGCGGGCCCGUGGACAAGCCGCUGCAGUCUAUCGCGGACCGCCUGAACGCGAAGCCUGAGCAGGUCCUCCUCGCGUGGGCCAAAGCGAAGGGUGUCGUCGUCGUCACUUCGAGUUCAAAGAAGGAGCGCAUGGAAGGAUACCUCGACGCUGGAGAUCUUGCCCUCACGGUGGAGGACAUCGAGGCCAUUGAUGAGGCAGGGGCGAAGGGCAUGCGCCAGAUGUCCGCGAGGACGUUCGUGCGCAGGGUGGCCGUGGUCGCACUUGCUGCUGCUGCUGGAUUUGGCGCGUGCAGCUUUCUCGGGAUCGACCUUCUUUGA